AUGUUCCACAACCCCACCGCCUCAACCUACCAACACACCACCCCCUCCACCAACCCCUCCGUCGAGCCCUUCCACCGCAGCCUCCCCGACUACGCCGUCACCCCUCUAAUCCCCUUACCAGACCUCGCCCAACAACUCGGAAUCGGCCACAUCCUCCUAAAAGACGAAUCCGCACGUCUCGGCCUCCCCGCCUUCAAAAUCCUCGGCGCAUCAUGGGCCAUCCAAGUCGCCUUAACCAAGAAACUUUCCCUACCCACCACAGCCACACUAGACGAGCUUGGUGCAGCAGCAAGAAAAGAAGGGGUGGAGUUGUAUUUAGGUGUCAAGGCAGUGAUUUUUGUGCCUGAUUUUAUGGAUAGGGCGACCCAGGAGAAGAUUAGGGGUGAGGGCGCGACGGUGGUGGUUGUGGAUGGGGACUAUGAUUUCUCGAUUGAGAAAGCGAGGGAGGAGGCGGAGAAGGAGAAGGGGGGGAUGUUGGUUAUGGAUGUGAGCUGGGAGGGGUAUGAGGAGAUUCCUGAGUAUGUAGUACAAGGCUACAUAACCAUGCUCACAGAAACCGACAAACAACUCACUUCCAUGUCCCUCCCCCCCUUAACCCACGCCAUCGCCGCCGUAGGCGUAGGCUCCUGGGCACAAGCCGUAACCAGCCACUACAAAGCCUCGUCGCUCCCCCAACCCGCCACUGUCAUAACCGUCGAGCCCGACACCGCAGCCAGCCUCAAGACAAGUCUGGAGAAAGGCAAGAUCACACCCAUCUCCACCGGCCAUACAAUCUGCAACGGCAUGAACUGCGGGACGACGAGCACGACGGCGUGGGAGGUGUUGAGGAAAGGCGUGGAUGGGAUAAGGAACGGGCCGUGUGGAGCUGCGACGAUGACGGCGUUGAAGAGGGUGUGUGAGGACGGAAAAAUGAAGGAGACGUUGGGGUUGGACGAGACGUCAGUUGUGGUGUUGUUUAGUACGGAAGGGGCCAGAGACUACAUCAUCCCAUUUGGUGCUUGA